AUGGAUUCCCAAGUAUCUCGAUUAGUCGACAAGAUCUGGAACAAGUUCCAGAACACGCCCGAAAAUGCCCGCCUCCUAGUCGCAGUCAGCGGGAUCCCCGGCUCCGGAAAGACCGAACUGGCCAUCACAAUGAGCAAACGAAUCAACGAAAUAUACGGCGGCCAGCACGAGGGCUUAAUCGCCGCCGCAAUCCCGAUGGAUGGAUACCACCUAACACGGGCACAGCUUGCCCAGAUGCCCGAUCCAGAAUAUGCUGCUGCACGUCGAGGCGCGGCCUUUACAUUUGAUGGGGAGAAGUUUCUAGCCCUAGUGCGUGCCUUGCGCGAGCCAUUGACGGCGCAGACGCAAACGUUGCAUGCGCCUAGCUUCGACCACGCCGUUAAGGAUCCCGUGGAUAAUGAUAUACCGAUUGCAGCUGGUCGACGAGUGAUUUUCUUUGAAGGAAACUACCUGAGUCUGAAUAAGGAGCCAUGGAGCUCAGCGGCGAAAUUGAUGGAUGAGUUGUGGUUUGUGGAUGUUGAUUUUGACACUGCGCGCCAACGCUUGGUUAAACGACAUGUCAAGGCCGGGAUCGCAGAAGACGAGGCUGCUGCUGAGAAACGGGCCAAUGAGAAUGAUCUCGUUAAUGGGCAAGAGAUUGUGGAAUGUAGACUGGGUGUGCAGGAGAUUAUCCGGAGUUCUUAUGAUCCCGGGUGGGUGUACUGA